ACGAUUAUGCUUUAUCUUGUUUACUUUCCAAUCCAUCUACAAAUUUUUGUAUCCUUCGUAACUGCAAAUCCUUUCAUCGGAGGCGAGAACAUUGUACCCGCUGAAAAGAAUGAAUUCCCGUUCAUAGUAUCAAUAGGUUUUAAUGUUGAUGAUGGUGGACAUAUUUGCACAGGUUCACUCAUUACUUGUACGCACGUAUUAACAGCAGCGCAUUGUACCGAAAUAGUUCGCCGACCACGCAACGUCCGAGUAUUGGUUGGUACGAACGAUUUAGAUAAUGGCGGCACAAAAUAUCGUCUAAGCACUGUCGACAACUGGGUCACUUACAACGACUGGGCUCAACGGGAAAAUUCUUCUAAAACUAUUUACGAGUGCAAUGACAUUGCUAUUUUUACGUUGUCUAACGAAGUAACAAAAAACAUUCAAAUGCCUAAAAUAUCAAGCGACAGUGACGAUAAGCACUACAACAAAGUAGCCGUUGCAGUUGGAUGGGGUGAAUUGUCAGGAGGAGUCAAACCAAAUCUCUUACAGAAGGUAUCACUGAACGUCAUGAAUAAAACCGAAUGCGAAAACACCUUGGAAAAAUUAGGAUACUCCAGGACAGAAGCGCAGCUGAACGAAAUUUGUACAGUCGCAGAUCCACCUGUGGUGCCAGGCAUGGGUGAUAGCGGCGGCCCGCUUUUGAUCAAUGGCAAUGAGAUUAUCGGUGUAAGUCAAGCUUUCUGUCCCGAAGAUCAACCUAAUCAUCCGGACGUGUAUAAUAUACACGUAAGCAUUGACUUUUAUCGAAGUUUUAUUUACAAUGUUACCAAUAUACAUUUGUAACUUGAAAUAAUAUAUUUAUUAAUAGUUUAGAAACAAUUUUCGAACGCGAUAAUAUUAUACAUUUGUACUACUAAUGAAAUUCCAAAAAAAAUUUUUUAUGAAUUC